AUGAACACAGAGCGUCUGGAGGUGCCUGCAAUUCCAGAACUGUCGCUUUCUCCGCCUCCAAAUGGUGACCGUACCCCGUCUAGAAGAGGACAUCGUCACAAGCGGUCCUUUGCAAUCUCUCAGGACCUCGACUUUGUUAAAACAGCUGCACCUGGAACACCAAAGGAAAGCGACCAGCUUUCCAGCACAAUUGCGGCAUCAUCCCCACAACAGCAGGACUCGAGCCUUCGUUUUUUCAUGACAGAAGAAUCCACCUAUUCCCGGGACAUACCGAAUGCCAUCAUCGACUUGGAUGAAGCUCUGACCACCAAACCAAAGUCUUUCACGUCUCACAGGAGGGCGGAAUCUGCUCCAGCCCAGCUGGUCUUACCCUUCAGACUCGAACCUCCCAAUUCACACUGUCAAGCGUCGUCGCGGAUAGUAGAGGAGGAGGAUUCAGAAAGUGAUAAUGAAAUCGUAACACAAGCCACUCUGAUGUCACCGCUAAGAGCAAAGUCUCAGUCGCCUUUUAUAAGGAGUAAUCCUGCAACAGAAACUCAAAAAGCAUCCAUUAGGAACCAAUACAAUACCAAUGCCAUCAAGAUAAACAAACAGAAAGAAAGGUAUCAGAAUUACACAAAGCAUUUUCCUGCGGCUAGUCCCCAAGCUUUGAAUCAGGGGCAAGAGCCGUCUUUUUCUUCAUUGUCUUCUGAUUUUAGCUCGGGGAUUAGUACAGCUGGUCUUACCUAUUCCCCUACUACUCCUGCCAUUUCCGUUUCAAAAUAUGGCAAUAGAACGCCAAGCCCAAGGAAAACCUUCAACUUUCAGAGCCAGGUGUAUGACUUGCCGCUUAAUGAUACCGCGCCCUCCGAAAGCCCUCACGAGGUGCGGCACGAUGCCACUAAAUUGGACGAUGAUGACACCCUCACUUGCACCUUCACGAAUGCGACAGGUCAAAACUUGCACAGGAAAUCUAAGAGUGCUUCAGCUUAUGAUCCCUCUGGCUCCUUCCACAUACCGAAAGAGAUAUUACAAGGUCAGCCAGGGGACAGUGUUGAUUUAGCACAAUCCUUAAAGUCUUCGAAAAAAGCCCCUGCGUUCAAGCAGUUGAAAGGAUCGUCGACUGUAGACCAGCGCGCUGUGAGCGACAGUGCUGUAACACAGAAGGAAGCUUCUCGUAAGUGGAGGGGCAAGCUAAACAUUUUCUACACAAUAGUCUCGAGAUUCAAGAGCUCAAAGUGA